UGUAUGAGAUGUGGGACACUAUGAUUGAAAAAAUCCAAGAGGUUAUUUUUAAGCAUGAAAAAAAAAGUAUUGCACUUGAAGAUUCAGCAUUUUUUGAUCAUGUGCAUAGAAUAUUGAUUGCAAGAUGGGAUAAAAGUAGCAAUCCUCUUCAAUGCAUGGCACAUACAUUAAAUCCUAAAUAUUAUGGAAAAAAGUGGCUUACAGGGGGUGUUGGAAGAACCCCACCACAUCUGGAUCUAGAAUUAUCAACAAACAGAGUAGCAUGUAUUAAUAGGAUUUUCAUUGAUGUACAUCAAAAUCGCCGAGCUAAUGAUGAGUUUGAAAGGUUUUCUACUGGAAUUGGAGAAGAUGUAGGUGCAACUGUAGACAAAGAUAAUUAUCCAUCUUUAUCUUGGUGGAUUAAACAUGGAACUGCUUAUCCUACUCUUCAAUACCUUGCUUUCAGAUUGCUAGUUCAACCUGCUACAUCUUCAUGCAGUGAGAGAAAUUGGAGUACAUAUUCACAAAUCCACACUAUAAAACGAAAUAAUCUCACAAGCAAACGUGCAGAAAAUCUGGUUUAUGUGCAUUCUAACCUUCGGCUUCUAUCACGGAACAAAGAAGAAUAUAGGGAAGGAGAAACUAAAUAUUGGGACGUGAAUGUUGACGACUUUAACUUAGAACAAGAGAAUGAACUUGAAGUUGUUAAUUCAAGAUUCGAAGAACCUUGUAUUCCCUCAACAUCUUCUAUUGUGGAAGAAGAGGAGAUUGGGGAGAACGAUGAUUUGGGCAUUGAUGAUGACUAGAAUGAUGAUGAACAAUGUUUUGUGAUGAUUGAUGAAUAAUGUUUUGUAACUUUCUUUGAGACUUUCUUGCUUAUGUCUUAGUAGUUAUCACUUUUGAGAUUGGUGAUGAACAAUGUUUUGUUUGAGACUUUCUUUAUUAUCAUUUUUAAUUUUUUUGAAUAUAAUAUUCGCCAUAUCCGCGUAUCCUAAAA